CACGGACAGCCAGCAGCACCGCACGACCCAGCGCAGAGCUCACCUGGCGCCGCCGAGAACAUAUAUUUGUUUCUCUCUCAUCGGGCGGGGAAGAAUAACUGGAGCGACGGAAAGGCCUGGCGUCACCAUGUCAGGUAGAGACUGAAGGGAGGUUUGGGUCGUGAGGAAGAAAGAGGAGUAACACUGCGGUUGUGCUUGGAGUGGCUUCUCCAUCCCGGUGAACACCUUUCCGGGCUCGGACGCACUUAUGAUGAUGGGCGGUUGGCCGUUCUUGCUGCCUCUGGCUUUGCUCGCCAUUGCAGGAGGCAGCCUUGGAGCAGACACAGAGGAGCGGUUGGUGGAACAUCUCCUAAAUCCAGCACAUUACAACAAACUGAUUCGCCCUGCGACAAAUGGCUCUGAGCUGGUUACUGUGCAGCUGAUGGUGUCUUUAGCCCAACUCAUCAGUGUGCAUGAAAGGGAGCAGGUGAUGACCACCAAUGUCUGGCUAACACAGGAGUGGCAGGACUAUCGUCUGACUUGGGUCCCCGAGGAGUUUGAUGGAAUGUUGAAGGUCAGGCUGCCCUCAAAACACAUCUGGCUGCCUGACGUGGUCCUCUACAACAAUGCUGAUGGGGUGUAUGAGGUGUCCUUCUACUCCAAUGCAGUGGUGUCCUACGAUGGCAGCAUCUUCUGGUUGCCACCAGCCAUCUAUAAAUCAGCCUGUAAGAUUGAGGUCAAGCACUUCCCGUUUGACCAACAGAACUGCACCCUGCGCUUCCGCUCCUGGACCUAUGACCGCACUGAGAUCGAUCUAGUGCUUCGCGCUGACGUGGCCAGUAUGGAUGACUUCACGCCCAGUGGAGAGUGGGACAUCAUCGCCCUCCCAGGCAGACGGAACGAGAACCCGGCUGACCCCGCCUAUGUGGACAUCACAUACGACUUCAUCAUUCGUCGGAAGCCUCUUUUUUAUACUAUCAACCUCAUCAUUCCAUGUGUGCUCAUCACAUCGUUGGCCAUCCUGGUCUUCUACCUGCCCUCUGACUGUGGAGAGAAGAUGACGCUCUGUAUCUCAGUGCUACUGGCUCUCACUGUGUUCCUGCUGCUGAUCUCUAAGAUUGUCCCACCCACUUCACUGGAUGUUCCUCUAGUAGGGAAGUACCUGAUGUUCACCAUGGUUCUUGUCACUUUCUCUAUUGUCACCAGUGUGUGUGUGCUCAAUGUGCACCACCGUUCACCCACCACACACACUAUGCCCCCUUGGGUUAAACUGGUGUUCCUCAACAAGCUUCCUGCCCUGCUCUUUAUGCGCCAGCCAAGGAACAGCUGUGAGCGCCAGCGGCUACGUCAAAAAAGGAGGGCACAGGAGCAGAAAGAGGGUGGGCGCAGUGGAGAGUCAGGGGCCCUGAUGGUGGGGCUCGGGCUGGGUAGUGCCGGAGGAAACGGAGGAGGAUCCUCAACUGCGGUGUUUGGCAAGGAUGACAGUGACCCUUGCACAUGCUAUGUGAACCGAGCUUCUGUUAAACAGUUUGGAGGGGAUCUGGGAGGUGCAGGAGGGGGAUCUGUGGAUGGUCUGAAUAGGGUAAGGGAGGGCCGGGAAGGUGGCUCUGGAAACCAGCAGAGGGGAAAGCAAGCAGCCAGUGGUCCUGUUUUGACUCAUACCCUGCUGGCUCAAACGUGUCCAGGCUUUGAGGAGGCUGUGGAAGGAGUGCGCUUCAUUGCCAACCACAUGAAGAGUGAGGAUGAUGAUCAGAGCGUGAGCGAGGACUGGAAAUACGUCGCCAUGGUGAUCGACCGCCUCUUCUUGUGGAUUUUUGUGUUUGUUUGUGUGUUUGGCACAUUGGGCAUGUUCAUGCAGCCUUUAUUUCAAAAUUACACGGCGAAGACCAUCACCAGCCCGCCAGGCUGACCUCUCUACAGCCACAAAGUCGCUGACAGACAGCUCCCCAACCAAUCAGCACAGCAGGAUGUGGGCUGGAGGUGUGUCUUUGUAUGUGUUGGGGGGGGGGGGGGUAAGGGGGGUAGAGGGGUAGGGUCUGAGUUUUAUUAUAUUGCAGAGCUGAAAACAAAACUUCUACUGAACAGCAACCACGUCCAUCAACUUUAUAGCAACAUUUUUUGCAACAAACAAACGUUUUUCUCAUAUGAGGAUAAAGAAAAAAAAAAACACCAUCAAACUCUUACCUGCAACUUUUUGUCCAGAUGCUGAACAGACUGACCUCUCCUUUCUGGUUAAAAGUUCCCUCUUUGCUCCCCACCUCGGUCUUUCAGGGAGUGUGGAUGCUUGGAUUUCCUCCCUGUUGGAAUAAUCAACAUUGUGCCCAACACUGACAUGCCCUGACUAUCAAAGACAUCAUUCAACCGCAAUGUUGACUGAUGUCAGUGUCAGAAAGGGAAGGGAGGUUCAUAUCAAGGUUCUUGUACUUUUGUUUUCCAGAACUCCACUAUGACAUGAUUCAUUAUAUUUUAUUAUAGCAUAGCAGCUUACCACAGUAUAGCAUUAAGUAUAUAUUAUAAAGAUUUCUCUAUGUUAGCCCAUGCAAUAGUUUGUUGCUGGUUGAGAGGCUUUGGUGUGUUGUAUGAUUGUAUAGAUAUAAAAAGAAUGUGAUAUAAACUGUACUGCACUGCCUGUGAUGGGCAUACUAACAUGAUAUGUGUAAGAGCAACAGAUUGUGAAGGAAAAUACAUUGGGGACGUUGAUACUGAAGAAAGAGCCAGGUUGGGUUGCUGCAGAAAAGUCAAAGAGAUGUGCUAAUAGAUUAUGCAUGGACAGUUUUCGCUCAGUGUUUUGCACAGUAAAUGGAGAACAGCCGCAGUCUGCUGUGCCAGAGUGCACAGCUGUGGAUGAGACUAGCUCCUGAGAAAUGGAGGACUCCGAGCCAAGAUGGUGGCUAAAGCGUGUAUAUGACGGACAGUGAAAUAUAAUUUUGCUAAGAUGGAGUAUUAAGAGCUGAGUUAAGAGGAGGCAAGGAUCAAUACUGGAUAAAGUUUCAUGCAAGUCAAAUAAUAUUGGUGGGUUGAUGGGGAUUUUUAUCAUGGAUACUGAGCAAUUAUGUGUAUCAACAUGUGCUUUCACAGCUGUUUAUUUGAUCGUCAUUACUCUGAUCAUCUGAACUGAGUAAGACAGUAUCUCACUUGCAGCUCUUUGCUUGGUUUUUCUCUCGUCUCUUUUAGGACUUGCUCAAAGCAAAACUAUACAUGUAUUUGUGUAUGUGAAUACCUUUUCCACACCUUUUUAUUAUCAUAUCUGUGAGAUCUAAUGAUCAGAUGAGCAUUAUGUAUCUUUGUCUUCCUGCCACUCUUUUUAUUUAUCCCUACUAACUUCUCUUCUGUCCUUAUCCUCUUGUAUGAUCUUCCAUAUAAUAUGAUUUGUGUGGUUGUGUGUGUGUGUAGUUGUUUUGUUUUAUUUCCACAUUUUUUCAAGUUUUUUUAAUCAAAGUAGAACAAGGCCUUCUCAGGCACACGUGCAAUUAAAGAGGAGAGAAAUGACAACAUGGCCAACAGAAAAGUGGUCAUAGAAGGCAGUAAAAGUUAUGCAAAAUCAAAGUUAAAUGAAUAAUGAACAGAGAUAAGGAAUGAAGACAGGCAGAGAGAAAGGACUCUUAGUGUUGUUGCUCCAUAUGAAAGUAAACCUCUGAAAAAAAAUUAUGUCUAAUCCCUGUCACUGUCAUUGGCUGUGAAUUUCCUCAGCUUUUUACAGUCAUGUGGCCAAGUCUGCAGCUCCGCUCAGAUCUGGACUGGGAGCUGUUUUCUUCCCUGUCUCUUACGGAUGGGAUUACCUGUGGGGAUUCCUGGUAGAUCCCAAAUGAGUGUGAAAAGCUUUUCAGAGACCUGUGAAAACUGUUGGCUGCAUGGCUCCGCAUGGAGAAAGUGCUGCUGCCCAUUCUCUUUUUGCUCCUUUUCUCUCUGACCUUUAUACACUUCUUCCUUUCUUCUCACUUUCUCUCUGAUUAUGCUCCCCCAUCUUUCACCCUCAUCUUUCAGACUCUAAAAUCUGCUCCUGUGCACUCCAAUAAAGGUUGUAGGUUCAGAUUAA